AUGGCUGGCGCAGAAAACGACAACUAUGGCAAGAUUGAUUUUUGCACGCUGGGCAUGUUCAUCAUCGCGCUGAAACAUGUCGACAUUGUCAGUCCAAAUCACGGGGAACUUGGCGGCUUCUUCGGCAAGAACACAGAUGGAACGGAUCACGUGGAUUUCCGGACAAUCGAAGAGCUAUGCGGUCAGUGGCUAGACAGUGGUGUGGGUAAUGGCAAUGGUGGGGUCGUCGUGCGUUGUGGAAAAGACGGUUGCCUGGUGAUGCGCAAAGGGCUGGGUGCAGGGCUACGCAAAUGGAUGCCUGCGUACCACCAGUCAGCAGAAAAGGUGGAAGAUCCUACAGGAGGAGGUAACAGCUUUCUCGGCGGACUGGCGGUCGGCCUGGUUCGGGUACCAGGGCAUCUCGAGGAGGCUGCGAUUUGGGGAUCCAUUUCGGCGAGCUUCGCCAUUGAGCAAGUCGGUAUGCCCACUCUUUCAGAAUCAGCAGACGGGGAGACGUGGAACGGGGUUCGUGUCGAAGAUAGGCUUUCAGAUUUCAAGCAGCGCCUGGCUAGUUAUGUACAGCCAUAG